AUGGAGGCCGAUAAAGUUGCAAAGUUUGCUAUACACGAAGCUUCUCGCGAAGGAAAAACUUCUGUUGUCGAAUCGCUCUUGAAUGCAAAUCCAAAACUUGCUUCUCUCAAGGAUGACGAUGAACGUCUGCCUAUACACUGGGCCGCUGCGUAUAACCGGUUACCAAUAGUGGAGCUACUGGUAGCCAAUAAAUAUUUCGAUCCAGAUGUCACAGAUGGGUCUGGAUGGACGCCGCUCAUGAUCGCCGCCAGCUUGAAAAACGAUGAAGGCGAGCAGGUCAUUGAUCUGUUACUACGCAAGGAAGCAGAUGUUAAUAUAAAAAGCUCCUCAGGACAGAAUGCCCUUCACUUCGCAGCUUCGAAGGCUAAUCUUUCUACUGUCAAAAAACUACUUGCUCAUAAGUGCAGCGCAAGGGUCAAAGACAAACGGGGUCAGUUGGCUUUACAUCGCUCUGCAGCCGUGGGCUCUAUUCCUAUAAUAAAGCUCUUGCUCAGGGAGGGCAAGAGUCCAAUCAAUGCCACUGAUGUUGACGGUCUGACGGUAUUGCAUCAUGCCAUUUCUGAGGGCCAUGGGGACGCAGCGAUAGUGUUGAUGAAAGAAGGGACGGAUCUCGAAAAGAGGGAUGUAGACGGGAAUUUGGCUAUUGAUCUGGCGCCGGAUACGAUGGUUCGAAAAUAUAUUCUUCAAACCGCAGAACGUGAGGGCAUAGAGUUGCCGUAA